GAAAAAAUCACGUGACUAUUCACAUCGUAUUAGGAUAAAGAUUAACCUUGUGUUAAGUUUUUUCUGAUCUUGUUUUCUGUAACUGUUGUUAUGUAAUUCAGGUCAGACCGCGGGAGGUUGCUUUGUUUGACAGACUCAUGCACUUUAGAACUCUAUACUAGUUUACUGUUUACAACUGGAAUUCUGGAGUUAUGAAAGAGAUAUAACCAUUAAAUAAGUUUAGCCUCUGGGGGGUCAAUGUGACUUAUGAAUGUAGUGAUGACAAGGCACGAGAAUGGAUCUACAAUAUUUAUGUGCUAUCUUUCGCAUAUUACAAAGAUAAAAUGAAAAUGCAUAAAUAAAGAGUGACAAUUCAUGAUAAGUGAAAGCACAAUUAUACUAUUGAUAUACGACAUGGACAUACUUAACCAUGGUUUGGAAUGCUCGAAAUACAGGACAUGGUGUAUUUAAACAGGGAGGGAGAUUGUAUAAAAGUAGCCUUGCAGCAUCCCUGCCCCCUCUCAAGCAUGAACCACAACUCAUACAGAUAGACAAACAAGGGGCGAUGCCACUUAACAGUUACCAGUCAAUCCAUGCUGUCAAACAAAUACACUCAUAUCAGCCACCAAAAGUGAGAACAACACUACCACCCAUACACAACAGUGAUAUUUAUCGAAGCAAGUUGAACCCACUGCUCCGUUAUGAUAUACCGACAAUGAAUAGAAAUAGAUACGGGUAUCAAUGUAGAAAUGCAGGUUUUAACACCCCCCAGAGUGACUUCAGUGAAUCCCCAUUGAGACUAGACUUAUCGAAAACACUAGUGGAAUCAAAACAGAUCCACACUAGGCACGAUGUUGUGAGAGAUGAUAAAAGAAGGACAAUGAAGGCACAGUCCAGAAAACGCUGGAAGGUGAACUGUGCUUGCUUACGGUGUCGAAUGAUGCAGGAUAAAUGGAAGUCCAAGGACAGCGACUAUGCAAUAUGGGGAGAAUAUCCUUGUGAAAAGGAACUUGAUAAAUUAUUUGGUGGAGACAAAAUAAAAUGA